AUGGGUGGAAAACGCCGCGAAUUGUUGGAGCGAGCCGAGCAGCUGAUUAAAACGUACAACCCAAAGCGGACGACUUUGGAGUCACAUGCGACGGAAUUCCUAUCUGGAAAUAAAAACGAUUCGGAUGUUGCGUUUCUGAAGGAAGUGCUGUAUGGGGUCAUGCGGUGCAAGGCAGCUCUAAAGGUGUUCAUGGCUUGCUUCUUCAAUGACAUGUCGGCGCGCGUCUUACGAUCCGACUAUACCAUGUACAUGAUUCUCGCAUACUUGAGUCUGUUUCGGCUAAAGGAGCUGACUAUCCCCGAAUUCCGUAAAUUUGUUUUGAGUAUCGAUCCAGACAAAAUGGUCAAUUUUUUGGAAUAUGUUUUUGAUGCGUCUAAACUGGAGGGCAGCGGUGUCGUUGUGCACUGGACCAAAAUCUUUGAUCCAGACUAUGUACGAGAUACAGUCCUCAAGGACCUCGAACGUGCGUUUCCUGACAUACAGAAGCUUGUUCAUGAGCUGCGAGAUAAGUCCAUGGGUCUAGCUGCAGCCAAACAAGCGUCGGAAGAACGGCGAGGCAACAGUGGUCUUACGUCUAGUGCUCAAAGGACAGCAACUGUGCCAAGGCCGCCAAAUCUCACUGAGCCAACCCCCCGACAAGUGCCAGAACCCCGAACAAUUCAACAACUGGUUACUCGGACCUUGAUGCCAACCAUGAAGACAAAAAAUGGACCUUCUCGAGUCGAUCACGUCCCGAAUUCAGUCAACACAACUCGAUGUGUGCCAGUUGCAUUGCACAAAACUAGAUCGACGUUGGCACGAGUCCAGGAGAGAGUUGAGGAGCAAGUGGCGAAAGAAUUGGACUUUUCAAGAAUCAAGGGUGGGGGGGGAGUCCAGAAGCAAGAAGCCACCGUGAAACUCAACACGGCGACAAUUCUCCGAGAAGAUGCAUUAUUUAGGGCUAAGCAGGAACAAGAAGCUGCGAAAAUCAACGCGUAUGAAGCUGAACUUCGGGAUAGCAGUGACUUCUAUCGCUGGCAGACAGAUAUGCGCGCCAAAGAUCAGAAGACUCGAUUGGAGCAGAUUGCUCGGACACGGGUACUGGCAAAAGCAUCGGCCGAGGAGGCAAAUUACGCAAAAAUGAAUAAGCUAUUAGAUAAUCGACAACUCGCAGCCCGUAGUGUUGAUGAGGGUCGUGCCAUGCAAAAGCAGCGUCAGCUCGAGGCAGAUAUGACGCUGCUGAAGAAACGCCAUCUCGUUGGGGAGGUUAAGGAAGAGCGAGAGACAGCCCCCCGGCACGCAGUGGAGCGCAUCCUCAAAAAAAAAAAUGAGAUUCGUGAAAGCGUGCAACGUGAUAUGGAUAUCCGACUAAAGCACCGCGAGGAUGAAGAAAAUGCUCGGGCUCGGGUGCUUGCAGAGCAUGUUAAGCGACUCAAAGCCGAGCAUAGUGUCCACCGAGACCACACCAACUUCUUCGACCCGACAGACACGGUUGGCCUUGGCUUGCUUGACGAAAUGUCCCUUGUUGAGAUGCAGGAGCGCCUGGCAAAAAACCUGAAGCGUGACGAGGAGCACCGCGAGCAGAAGCGCAUAGAGUUACUUGAAAAUAAGAAUGCAAAGCGAGAGCGUCUUGCAGAACGUGUGGAGAAUAUCAAGAAGGUCAGAGAGGCAGCAGCAGAGAAGAACCAGCAAACGCGACUUUACCAAUCAAGGCGAGCAUUCGAUCUAAGUUCUGCAAUCCAGAACGAAGAAGAACGCCUAUUGUUACAACUCGUCAGAGGCCUCAAAGACAAGCGCGUGGCUCUCAGUGAUUACCGGAGGAAGCUACAAGAAGAGGAAGCACGUACUAAGAAGGACCAGCUCUUUGCAGGCGCUGGUGAACAAUUGAAAGAGAAGAAAGCACACGAAGAGCUUCUCAAAGGUGCCGAGAGGAUGGCGAAGGACAAACAGCGGCAUUCACUUGAGACGAUGGCAAAGUACAACACUUCGAAAUCAAGAGAACGCCAUCAGAGUGAGCACAACCGCAUACUAAAGGAGGGAAUUCACCGCAAAGCGCACACCCGUAGAGAGGAAUCAGUCAAGGAAGCGGCCCACGAAAUGCUCCGAACUCAAAAGGAGGAGAUAACAGGGAAAAAGAAAAGGUAUUUCCACCACAAAAGAGCGCACGCAGAAAAAAUGGAAGUCAUUGCAGAUCCGUUCACAGAACACAUCAACGAAAAGUCUGUUACUCGCGCCCGGAGGCACGCCGCUCACCGACAAGAGACCGCCAUGGGCGCGUAG